CCCAUCAUUCUCAUCCGACUUCUUUCACACAUUCUGAUUUCCACCUGGAAUAAACACUCGUUGGAGAUGGAGAAGAAAUGACACAACGCUUCCCCUUUUUGAAGAGAAGGACACUUUCGUUAGGACCUCUGGACUUGAACUUUCUCACCUUUUGGAAUACAUUUAAGUGUUCUUCGAUUCAGUCGGACGCAUGGACUUAUUUGCAUGUUUGAAGGAUGAGUUUACCUUGCAGUUUGUAAAAUACUACUUUAAUUAUGCUUUCGCUGCCAGUGACAGAGCUGAGGAUACCAGUACAACUUUGCUGCUUAAAAUUUUGAUUUAUUCUGGAAUAACUGGCCAUCACAGAGGUAUGAUGUGAAAUGUGGGGAUCAUCCCCUGAUUCUGGACUACAACCAUAAAGCCACACGUGACGAGAAGAAGCCAGCGAAGGACAAAUUGCUUGCACUGUGGAGACACACAGCGUGCUGCCCAACGACCCAGCCUGACGCACGGAGACGGACAGACAGACCGACAGUCUGAUGCCAACUGUCUCCCCUGUCAAUCUCACGGCACCACUCCUCCUCCUGUUGCUAUGGGCAACCCACUCCACCAUGGCAACCAACUGGCUCUCCCUAGGGAGGCUGCCUCGCUCCAGGCCCGUGUCGGGUGCUGCCCCAUGUGGACGGCUGAGGGGGCUGACCCCAGGACAGGUGGGAGUGUGCAGAGCACGGGGGGAGGUCAUGGAGUCUGUACGCAAGGCAGCGGAGAUGGUUAUAGAAGAGUGUCAGCACCAGUUCAGGAAUCGCAGAUGGAACUGUUCCACCACCCCACGAGGGAUCAACGUCUUUGGCAGAGUCAUGAACCAAGGCACUCGUGAGGCAGCCUUCGUGCAUGCUUUGUCCUCUGCAGCCGUGGCAGUGGCUGUGACCCGAGCAUGCACCCGUGGGGAGCUGGAGAGAUGUGGCUGUGACAGGAAGGUCAGGGGUGUCAGUCCAGAAGGAUUCCAGUGGUCGGGAUGUAGUGACAACCUGUCCUAUGGUGUAGCUUUCUCUCAAACUUUUGUGGAUGAACCAGAGCGAGGCAAAGGGCUGUCCGCAGGGCGCCCGCUCAUGAACCUUCACAACAAUGAGGCUGGUCGAAAGGCCAUCCUUCACAACAUGCAGGUGGAGUGCAAGUGUCAUGGCGUCUCGGGCUCAUGUGAGCUGAGGACCUGCUGGAAGGUCAUGCCUCCAUUUAGACGGGUCGGAAUAGUGCUGAAGGAACGUUUUGAUGGAGCUACAGAGGUCCGUUUGACGCGUAUUGGAUCCAGACCGGCGCUGCUCCCUCGUGACCCCUACGUUAAACCCCCAGCUGCUAGAGACCUCGUGUAUCUUUCCCCGUCUCCAGAUUUCUGCCAUCUUGACCCCGACAAUGGCAUACCUGGAACUGCUGGUCGGAGAUGUAACGGGACUUCUCGGUUGGCUCCAGACGGCUGUGAGCUGGUUUGCUGCGGGCCAGGGUACAAAGCGGGCCGGGCUGAGGUGGUGCAGCGCUGCUCCUGCAAGUUUUCCUGGUGCUGCUCAGUUCGCUGUCAGCAGUGCAAGAACACAGUCACCAUUCACACCUGCAGGGUGUAGGACGACCAAAACGCCAGACUGAGAAAGGCUGAAAAUCCUUACAAACCACCUGCACUGAUCCCGAAGCGGAUCGACUAGACAAGAAAGCAGUGUCAGUGUGACUGACUUCCAUGCUUUGGUGAAAAAGUUUUUAAAAAAGCAGCAAAAUCAGGCCAAAAAUAGAAAACAAAAAAUCAGCACUACCAAUUUUUUGCUCCUAAUAUAUUUCAGACUGCUUCCACAGGCUCAGUGCGUGAACACACAGUGCAGUCAACCACCUGACAAAGCUUUGAAAGCUGAACCUAACAAGAACUAACAGAUGUUGCACCAAGCCUUUAUUUUGAAAAUCCCUUUCUUUAGUGUGUACAUCUAAGGCUAGCAGGUCCUAUUGUAUUUAUGUCUUCUUCUCGAUUCUGAUUUAUUUAUUCAUAUAUCAGAGUCUGCUUCAAUUCAGCCCGCAGCAUCAAGAAAAACAUCUACUUAUAACAGUGUUUUGACCUUGACUUGCUUUUGAAAUUCUUCCAUUUGCUCGUUAAUAAAAGCAGUGCUUUUAGAUCUGUUCAAGAAAUCUAAUAAAUUGGUAGUUUAUACAUAAUGCCAACAUUUAUUUGAUUUCUAUUCUGAACUUAAACACACAUAGCAGCUAGACACAACAGCAUAUCCAUCUGUUGAUCUAUUUAGUGUUUAAAAAGGAGUUGUGAGGGUACACAGAGUGGCUCAAUUGUUCAUCCCCUGUUUAGCAAAACUCACCUUGCAACUUUUCUGUUGACAGUUUUCAUGCUACAUUAGUUGCUGCCAGUUCUCUCACGAGUCAAGCAGAGGUAUGAACAUGAAAUAGAGCCCUGUAAGCAUUUACAGUCUGAUUUUAGGUUCUAGCUAGCAGAUUCCAUCCCAUAUCAUCACUCAAAACUGCGACAAAUGUGUGGCACAAAAGAUAAGAAAUAACAAAGGAGCAGUUGUGUGCAGUCACUGGACCAAAUCUGUGUAGCACAUGAAGUGCAGAGCUUUGAAAAUGACAUUAAAGACGUUUCUGAUGAAUGCUUUAAUGCUAAAAAACAAGCCGGACUCAACUACAGCCUGCCUCAUUUUUGUUGCUCAAGUGCAUUGUAAUCUUGCAAGGAAGUUUGUUGUGUAAACAUGUCAUACAAAAAAAGUCAAGUCACGCUUGUGGUUGUCUGCAUGGUCAAAAUGUAGCUUGUUAAACAGAAUAUUUCCUAAAGCUCAAAAACAACAUAAUUUUACAACUUAAAACAAUAAAAUGCAGCCUCA